UAAAACAAAAUUAUUACUGCUACUACUACCAGUAGAGAUUUAUAGAAAGAGAAAGAAAAGAGAAUGUGGAAGCCUGAAUAACCAACCUUGGAUCCAAAACCAACACAUUUUACACUCGCACUUUCUCUCUUUCUCUGUGUCACUGCUAAGCAAUGAGCACCGUCUAAUUAUUCGACCUCGCAUUUGCUCUCCACCGUUGGAUAGCUCCUCCGCCCAAUGGGAGCCCGUUGCUCCAAGUUCUCUCUCUGCUGGUUCCAGUCCCACCUUAAACCCUCCGUCCUCGAAUCCUCCGAUCUCGAAAAUGGGGGCAAAAGUGACCGCAAUUCUUGGCCGAGUUUCAGCGAGUUCACCUACGAGCAGCUCAAGGCUGCCACGUGUGGCUUCUUGUCCGAUAACAUAGUCUCGGAGCACGGUCUCAAAGCUCCCAACGUUGUUUACAAAGGGAAGCUGGAUAACGACCGUUGGGUCGCCGUUAAGCGUUUCAACAAGUUGGCCUGGCCCGAUUCUCGCCAAUUUAUCGAGGAAGCGAGAUCGGUGGGAAAUCUGAGGAGCGAGCGAUUGGCGAACCUGAUUGGGUGUUGCUGUGAAGGCGAGGAGAGGCUGCUUGUAGCGGAGUUUAUGCCCCAUGAAACGCUGGCGAAGCAUCUCUUUCACUGGGAGGCACAGCCCAUGAGAUGGGCAAUGAGGUUGAGGGUGGCGCUGUAUUUGGCACAAGCUCUGGAAUAUUGCAGUAGCAAAGGACGGGCACUGUAUCAUGAUCUCAAUGCGUACAGGGUCUUGUUUGAUCAGGAUGGAAAUCCCAGGCUGUCUUGCUUUGGCCUUAUGAAGAAUAGCAGGGAUGGGAAGAGUUACAGUACUAACUUGGCUUUCACCCCUCCAGAGUACUUGAGGACUGGUAGAGUGACUGCAGAAAGUGUAGUUUACAGCUUUGGGACCAUGCUGCUAGAUCUUCUUAGUGGCAAACAUAUUCCACCGAGUCAUGCACUUGACCUGAUCCGUGGCAAGAAUUUUCUGAUGCUGAUGGAUUCUGCUCUGGAGGGUCAUUUCUCUAAUGAUGAUGGAACUGAGUUGGUGCGGUUAGCUUCCCGUUGUUUGCAGUAUGAAGCUCGUGAGAGGCCAAAUGCGAAGUCUCUUGUCACUUCUCUCAUGUCACUUCAGAAAGAAACAGAGGUUCCCUCAUAUGUUUUAAUGGGUAUCCCACAUGAAACUGCAUCCUCCACGCAGCAAUUGACAUUAACACCUUUUGGUGAAGCUUGCUUGAGAAUGGAUCUUACUGCCAUACUUGAAAUAUUGGAGAAGAUGGGAUACAAGGAUGAUGAGGGAAUUGCUAAUGAGUUGCAGCUUUCUUUUCAAUUGUGGACCAGUCAAAUGCAGGAGACCUUGAAUUGUAAGAAGCAUGGAGAUACAGCUUUCCGAGCUAAGGACUUUGCAACUGCCAUUGAUCGCUACACAAAAUUCAUAGAUGGCGGGACCAUGGUAUCACCAACUGUGUAUGCUAGGCGGUGUUUAUCUUACUUGAUGAGCGAGAUGCCACAGGAAGCUCUAGGGGAUGCUAUGCAAGCUCAGGUGGUGUCUCCUGAGUGGCCUACUGCUUUGUAUCUUCAAGCAGCUUGCCUCUUCAAGCUUGGGAUGGAUAACGAUGCACAAGAGACACUCAAAGAUGGCACAAACUUGGAAGCCAAAAGGAACAAAAAUUAAUGUGUAUAGAUUCUUUUUUUAUUUAUUUCUUUUCAAUUUUAUUUUAGUGGUUUUUUUUUUUUUUUUUUUUUACUAUAUAGUUAUGCUUAGUCUUUUGUAUCUAUCCUUCAUUUGCCGUCUUUUGCCAUUUUGGAAAAACUACUGUUGGUUUAAUUAUUAUGUUCCUGCGGUUUAACGUUAA